AUGGAAAACAAGGGGGCUGGUUACGGGGCGUCGCUUCCCGACGAGAUGAUCAUAGAGGUGCUUCAGUGGCUCCCUGUCAAAUCCGUCCUCCGCUUCCAGGCCAUUUGCCGCUCCUGGGCGGCGCUGCUCUCCUCGGACGAAUUCGGAGGUCUCCACAUGGCAGCAAGGCGAGCACCGCCGAAGAUGCUCUACAUCGCACCUACCGCCAGAUAUGAAUCCACCGCGGUGUACUCGUGCCCCUUCUCGCCGCCAUCAUCAUCAUCGUCAACCAAGGGGAGCCUACUCUUCACCAUCGACGGUGCCCGUGGCAACUAUGUGGAAGUGGUGUCGCCCGCACCGUGCCGCGGCCUCAUCCUUUUGUACGAUGCUAUUGCCGCAGCUUACUACAUCUGCAAUCCGGCCACACGGGCAGCCACGCUUCUGCCACCUUCAUCUAACCUAGCAUCCAGGUCCACUACCGGGCUGGGGUUCGAUGCCCGCACAAAGGAAUACAAGGUGGUGAGGUUGAUCAUUGGGCUGUGCCAUCACAAGGUUCCGGUCAGGUGUGAGGUGUACACGCCUGGAGGUCGCUAUGGUGAUUGCUGGAGACCGGUUGCCGGAGGAGUGCCCUCCAGCUUGCACGAGUUUGUAGCUUCUGCUGUUAUGAAUGCAUCACUGAACAAGCUACCACCUGUGUUUGCAAACGGUUUCCUGCACUGGUUGCUGUAUCCUACAGCAUCAGGAGUUGCCGUCAUAUCCUUUUCGAUCACAGAUGAAACGUUCGCAUGCAUCUCGUCGCCACCCUUCUGGGUACCAUGCCCGUCCACCAACCAUUGGUCAUCAGGAGAGCACCUAGUGGAGAUGGAUAGCCGUCUGUGUAUCGUCAGAGACCUUCGCGACACAGUCGGUCAUGGCAGUAGCUCUUUGGAGAUUUGGCAGCUGCUAGACAAUAGCUCUGGUUACUGGUCACUGAAUCUUCGAAUCAAUUUGUCCGAACAGCUGGCAAGAGAUUUAUGUCAGCCACAGAUUGUUAGAGUUAUUGGUUCUCUUGGCGAUUGCAGGUCAUCAAGGAAGAAAAUAAUCAUCGCCACUAGUACUAGCAAGCAUAAGAUUCACAGCAUGUAUGAGAAAAAGGUUCACGUCUAUGACCCUUGGUCCGAAGCUGUGGAGACCAUUCUUUCAAUCACGGAGACACACUCAUCUCCUAAAUAUGAGCGACCAAGUUCAAGAUUCAGUUUAUUUGAAGACACCCUUGCUCCAGUGCAUAAAACAGAUGAAGAGAUAGCCUCGUCAUCCACCCAGGCUAAGGCGACCAAAGAGAUUCUACUCCGUCUGCCAGCUAAAGCAGCAAUACACUCCAAACUGGUCUGCAAGCAGUGGCUCAGAUUAAUUGAGAAUCAAAACUUUAUCGAUGCAUAUUUUAGAUAUAAGAACACCGAUACAAGGAUAAAGGUCAUGCUUGUCGGCAAGGGCACUGGCCGAUCGGGCUUCAGUUUUGCUCCCCUGAAUAUAUUUCUCCGAGAAACUCGUAGCGACAGUACCUUGCUUGAUAAGAAGGUGGUUUGCUCUAAGCCUUGCCAUGGUAUGAACCUGGUAAGCGCCGCGACAAGGGACUAUCUCUGCAACCCAUGCACAGGUUUUCACAGGUGCUACUCUAGCCAGGAGUCGAGUUUAGACUUAACCUCAGAAGAGCAUGCUUUCACUGUCGGCAGCAAGAAUGUUGGUCUGACUUUUGACGCUUUGACUCGUGAACAUGUUGUGGUGGAAAUCUUCUAUAACUGGAAGGACUUCAAAUCUCGUCAAUAUGACUUGACAUGCACUUUACGGUGGUGUCGCUCUUGGAAUCCUGCCCGUCUGAACUCAGCACCUCCUCUGCCUGUGAAUGAUAUGCCACCUGCCUAUCUUGAUGGAAUGCUGUACUGGAUGAGUGAACCAAGGUUGGGUCAGAACUGUGAAUGGGCCGUUAUCUCUUUCGACAUCGUUACGAGAAUGUUCGAUGUUAUACCUUGCCCCUCAUGGUUUGCGACAUGUCAUAGCAGAAACCUUUGUAGUGCAUUUGUGGUUGAGCUCGCAGGAUUAUUAUGUGCUGUUCUAGCAGAUCCAGUAGCAAACAGUCUAGAUGUAUGGAAGCUAGAGCACGGCCAAUGGGACAGAGCAUACACAAUUCACUUGAAAGCAUACCCUGACUAUUCUGUUGGGGCAAAUGUUGUGGUGCCAUUAGCUUUUGAGCCCGAUGGUGGGAGGAUCCUGCUCAGCACUGGGAGGAAAAUUGGUCUAUAUGAUCCAGUAGGGCAAUCAAUUCAAAGUUUGUAUUCACUUGAUCAGGUGUCAGUUGCCACAAGUAAACCCCACCUUAACUCAAUUGAUACGCCUUCAACUUCAUCAGGGAAUAGUUCGACAUGCUCUAAAGACCUGCAAGGGGAAGUGAUAAAUAUAAUGGAUAGUAUUAUCCCUUUCGUUCCCAUGCUAUAUGAGGAGAGUUUGGCCUGUUACUCCCGUGUGGCCAAAUUGAAUUUCUUGUGGUGA